AUGACGCUUUUCCAGACAGAUUCGCACCAGUCCGGCCCAAGCGAGGUAGGCUCAGCCUCGGCGACAGAGAAAACCUGCGACCCCUCGACCUCUACCCAUCGAACCGCCCCCGAAGCCACAGAUACAACUCUGACCCAGGAAGAGAUUGACCAGAAGCCAUGGAAAUAUCUGGGGUAUCACGUCUAUUCGACCUUCUUAUCGUCCGAUCGUGAUUUCUGUAAUUUCCGUCGCUUCGACCGAUUGAACGUUCGGGUUCUGCUCUUGAUGCAGGAUGAGAUUGUUCAGUUAGAAGAAGAACUGGAUGAGAUAGACCGCUAUUAUAGUCAACGAGAGGUGGCCGACGAGAACAACGGCUCCCUACGACAUGACACACGGAAAGAACAUCGUUUUAUCCUGCAAUACAUGAAAAUCCUGAACCGCGCAGCGACCGCCGACCGAGAUCGCGAAAGUCUGCGCAACUGGCUGCACAACUACAAGGGGGCCAUCUGGGAGAAGGAGCAGCAAUACAUCGAGAAGGUGGAUCUCAUCCCACUCGUACCCAAAGACCGGAGUCCCCUCCGCCGGAUCUUCGAAAGGUCCUCCCGCUUCCGGCUCUCGCGGAUCUGGAGACGCGGUCCCGCCCCGUCGACGCUGCCCCUGCAUGUCCGCGAACGCAUCCAUCUCUAUUCCGAUAAGAGUAUUGAUUUCUUCGUCAAUCUGACAACCACUGUGGUCGGGCUGGCGAUGUUGAUCGCCCCGCUCUGGAUUCUCGCCUACACGACCGGGCCCGCGACCAAGCUGGCCGUCAUUACGGUCUUCACCCUGGCCUUUCUGGCCCUGGUGUCUCUGGGGACUACGGCGAGGCCGUACGAGGCUAUAGGGGCGACAGCUGCUUAUUCUGCCAUUGUGAUGGUGUUUCUACAACUGGGAAGUAGUUAA